AUGGAAAGUUCACGCUUUACUAAGGACCAGAUGGAGAAACUGGUCCAAAUUAUGGAGCAAAAUCCCGAAGUAGCGAAAGGGAUUUGCUCCAAUCCGUCUGCGUUCUGGGGAGAAGUCUGCAAAGAGUUAAAUCCGUUGGGCCCUUCAAAAGAUAAAACAGGAUGGAGAAAGGCAUGGGCCGACAAAAAAUCCAACGUUAAGAAAAAGUACACUCAGAUGGUACAAGAACGGAAUAAAACCGGAGGUGGUAUCGCGGCAUCUUGUACUUUUACCGACAUUGAGGAAAGAAUCCUUAAUGUAACCAAUAUUAAAACCAAUGCGGAAGGUGUAGAGGAUACCAUUUGCAUUGGAGUUCCAGUGGGACAUCAGAAAGGCGAUCAGCAGCUGGCACAGGAUUUUCAUCUAGAGGAGCUUCCACCUCGUCAAGAUCUUCAGCAUCAAAAUCAACCAAUCAUCUCUUCAGCAGAAGAGGAGCUUCAGCAUCAAAAUCAAGAAGGGUCACAAGCAGAAGACAACCAGCAGAAAGUUCAGCGUCCAUCAAACUAG